AAACUGUGGUACUUUGAGUGUGUCAAUUUUAGGAGAAUCAAGACGUAUCUUGGAGAAUCUAUCCCCAAAGAAGCGGCUGACGGAUUGACUGGACGCUGUUCAACAGAUGGGAGCGGGAAGCGGAGGCUCGAUACGAGAGGCAAAGAAAAGGUGAGGAGGAAAAGGUUGCUCUUAUUGCCUUGCAGACCAAGAAGCAGAAGCAAGAGCUCAGAUGAUGAUGAGGAUGAGAGGGAUGCAGGGGUUUAUCAGGAAGUUCGAAGACUCCUGAACGAGGCGAUGACACCUGAGUUGCGUGAGCCCCUAAGCCGUGUAUUCAAGGGGGUGAAAAGAAAAGCUGGAAAACCACCUCUCACACACCCAAUGAAAACUCGGCCGGUCUCUGUGAUUGGGAAAAAGACUGAGAAAACUUGUAAUUUGCCUAUGCUUCAGUUUCCAGGUGCUGAAGGGCCAGUGUGGGUGGAGAGACCUUGGGAUUUGGAAGAGCUUCGAAAUGUGACAGCCGCACUCCCAGAUCCAGAAAAAGGGGUAGAACGGUUCAUAAGUGCAGUUACAAAUGUUGAUGUAACUUAUAAACCCACAGGUCGAGACCGGUCAGCAAUAUUCAGUGCAAGACUGGGAUUGAAGUGGACAGAAGUGCGUGGAGCAGGCGAAGACGCUUUCAACCCCGACCUGCAGCGUCUGGAUGAAGGAGGAACUGAAACUCAGGAGUGGAGAGUUCAAUGGACAGCAAUGCUUGAGAGACUGAGACUGGCUUACCCACUACGGCCAGACUGGGCAGCGAUUGCCAACACGAAGCAGUUGAAAGGUGAGACUGUCACUGCUUAUCUUGCGAGACUAAAGACUGUUGUUGAUGAAUGUACAGGUCUUCCAGAAGGAACCAACAACACAGGAGUUCUGAAACACCAUUUUGUAAAUGGCCUGCUUCCAAACAUACAGAAAGCUGUCAAAUUGACCUGCAUUGGAUGGGAAGCUCAGAAUCUGGAAGUAGUGAUGCAACAUGCCAAACAUGCUGAGCAGAAUGAUGAAAAGAGGAACACAGAGAAACAGCAGUAGUUGGAGAAUGCUCAGUACAUGUUUUACCAGUCCCAGUCCAACAACCAAAUGCCAAGAGAUGACAACUAUCAAGAGGCAAGAAGAGGAUGAGGCAGAGGCCGUGGCAGGUGGAAUGCACAGAAUGGCAGGAUUGGGGACAGAGACAGGUGUAGAAUCUGAGGCCAGAAAGGUCAUUGGGCCAGGGAGUGUCCAGAAAAUCCGAACAACUUCCCCCAACAGCAGCAGUACCAAAAUAACUUCCGACAGCAGCCACAGCAGAGCUAUCCGCAGCAGAGGCAGAACUACAGAGAGCAACAACACACUUCUUCUUUUCCUCCCCCUCCGCCAACGGCAAGCUCCACAGCAUAGGAUGAGGAGGGAGACACUCAAACCCGAACAACUCAGCUUAUUCAACUGACUAAAGACCCAAGCUCAAAUCCAAUGAUGACGAUACUUGUACAAGGACUUCCAAUCUCCAUGUUAUUGGACACUGGGGCCACGAGGUCAACACUUACAGUUAAAGCUGCUCUGCCAGUUCCAGGUGUUGGACCCCAGCACUCUUACGAGCCAGGACAGUGGGUCUGGAUCAAAGAUCUCAGGCGAAAGGCGUGGAACAACCCAAGGUGGCUAGGGCCAUACGAGAUCAAUCUAACAACAAACACCGCAAUCAAGGUCGCUGAACAUGACACCUGGGUUCACGUGUCACAUUGUAAGCCCCACCAACACGCAGAUUCAAGCCAAAAGUAGAGGAAAUCAGGGCAUACUAGUGACGAUCCCUCCUCUGCCAACGAAGGAAAGACCUUGCUACGGCUCGCAAAGAGUCAUCAAGGUGAAGAUGGAACGCUUCAGACGUCUGUGGGGCCAACGGGAUGAUCAGCUCUGGGCCGACAAAUUGUUUAAGUGUAGCAUAUGUGUUAUUGCAUUCAUAAGUGUGGUGAUUUUGGUUGUGCUUUUGCUUCUAUUUGAAUUUUCUACAGGGAGUGUUGCAAGUAGAGGGAAAAAGGAGGUGAUGUCAGUUCCUGUUCAUCAUGACCAUGCAUCUAACGUGAACCAGCAUCAUUUUGAGUUGAAUAUGUUUUGGAAAUAUGCUAGUUACACAGCCAAGCAACAUGCAAACCAACAAAAAUUGGUAAGGAAUGUUGUACUUUUGUUCCAGCUUAUGAUGCUGAUGAUGGUAGUAUUUCAAGGGUGCUGACUGACAUGACAAAGGUUCGGGAUGAUUUGUGGCAAGAUGAACAGGCCAAGAAUAAGGGGAUAGGAUGGAGUUUAGAUUGGAUCUCUGAUGCCUUCCGCAAUGCUUUUGGCAAUAUCUUCGGACCCAUACUAAAGUUUUUGGCAAUGAUAUUCGCAACCUUGCUUGUUGCAAUGAUGAUAAUUGGGUGUUUGAUGAAGUGCAUUCGAGUUGUAUUGGGAAGAUUUGUCCAAAGCAUUGUGGAAGCAAGGGAAGAAAGAGAGUAUGUAGAAUUGUUGCCAUCUAACAGGAAUGAAUACCAAAAUCUGCAGGAUAAUAAUGUGCAUCGAUUUUAAUCAAGUUUGAUAAUUUUUGAUUGAAGUAAAAUAUGAUCAAGAGAGGGGAAUGUGAUGGAAUUUUUGAACUAAUUAAUAAUGAACUAACAUUUCUUUUCUUCUACAGGCCCAAUAAUAAUAAUCUAACUUAGAAAUAGAGAAACAGUCACUAGGACUGAGUGUUGUGAUUCAGAAACAUUCUGCUGUGCUGGCUAGACAGCAUCCUUCUGGGGAUAAAAAAUAGUCUUUGAGGAAUUGUUCUAACCUAUUGAGUAAUCUGAACUAUUAACCCUGAGACAUUUUUUGAUGAUCUUGUGAUUCAGUUGUUCUAAUCUAAAUUUAUGCGGGACGGAGGAACUGAGAUGUUUUCCUUAAAUCUGAACCAAUUGUAUUAAGACUGAUGAUAAUGAGUAAUAGAUCAUGCCAUACUGACUGCGAAGUGUUCCUGAAAUCCUAUAAAACCUGCUGUAUUCCUUUGUUCGGAGAGAGAUUCUCUGGAAUGAUGAGAACUCUCCCGGCCGUGAUUAAAGCAUAUUAUGAGGCAUAGACUGGAGUCUGUCUGGAUUUUAGGCUGCAGCAAACCUAAGCACUAGAGAUCUUUUUCUAUACUAUAGUGAUAGUGUUUAGUGGAGGUGAGGAGCACUAAAGAGCUUAGUAUCAGGUGAUAGUGCACCAAGAUAGGCCGAAACGUCGGCCGACUCGAACAGGUAUUAAAAGUACGCUCAGUAGAGUAUAAAUUUAUAGGUUUAUGGGUGUUUGGGACACCCGUGUUUAACUAAGUCAGGUGCGUAGGAAAAAUCUACCACAGGCAGAUGCCCAGAUAUCUGAUGCAUUUACACUCCA